GCUUCUUGGGUACAUAGCUUUUCAACAGUCAGUGGUCGGCGGACAUGGCAGCUGUGCAACAGCAUCCCUUUUUGGGCAUCAGACUGCAGGCAGAGCGGCCAAGAGAAUGCAAAGAGAAGCUGACCGCCGCGGGCUUUGCAAAGGAGGGUCGGAGUGCAGAAGCUGAGUGGACAGGAGAGGCAGCCGAGCAUCGCAAGAUGUAUGCCGCAAUUCGCCUCCCAGCAGAACAUUGGCGACGCCGAUUUGAAGAGACACAGAAGGAGCUGCUUGCUCUACAACACGAGGCAAUCGCCCAACAACAACUGUUCGAAGAGGAGCAGAGACAGGCUGCAGCGGAAGAGGCAGCCUUGCGGAUGGAGUUGGCAAAGGUCACUGGGGCUGUCACUGCCCUGCGGGAAUUGCACCAAGCCAAGAGCAGGCAUGAGCAGAUCCGCAGCGAGCCUUGCCAGCCCAGUGGUCCUUCUCAAGACACCGGAAGCAAUCAGCGAUCGCGCAGGCCUUCGAACGCCAUUUCAAAGCCGGUCAGGACUGCUGCGAAUGCAUCGGCAGGCAGAUCAUCCGAACUCCAUCGCAGAGGUUCUAUGCAUUUCUCCUCAACAACAGCUUCGGGAACUCCAUCAAGGAGGGCAAGUGUGCAAUUGGGAUUUGUCCAUGGAGUUGCGGCUACGCCAAAGUGUAACUCUCCAGGAGUUGCUUCUACAGCAGCAAGCAGCAAGGUCUCAGUUGUGCAAGACAGCAUUCCUGAGGUCGUCGUGCAGGAAAGUGGCUAUAUUCCACAGGAUGCAUGGCCAAAGCAUUGGCAGCCAACAAACUUCCCUCCAGCCAGCUUUUAGGGAUGGCAUCACCACGCAUAUAGCCCGCAUGGUUUUGCCAGCGUUGGUAGUCAUGGGCCAACUGCAGAUUCAGAUUUGUUAAAAGUGCGUUUGUCCGACCAGGAAAGGAUGUCCGCCUUGCGUGACGACAUCCAACACAUGCCUGUGGGACAGUGUUCUAUCGGUUUACCAAACAGCAAACUAGUUCCUUCAUCGAUGUCCGUUGCUUUGCUUUGACAUGGUGUGAUCAACAGUGAUCAACCCCACUUCUCUCGGAGCAGUUUUGAAAGCCAAUGGGCCAGCCAAGAGAAGAGAAUCCUCGAACUGAAUUUUGC